AUGACGACUCGGUACCGCGUUGAAUACGCCCUCAAAACUCACCGGCGAGAUCAAUUCAUAGAAUGGAUCAAGGGGCUGCUGGCCGUGCCCUUUGUGCUCUACUCACAACCCCACGGGGCCAUUGAUGGGCAGAGCGAGGACACGCUCAUCCAGACCCGGGAGGAAGCGCACCGGCGAUACAGCGAGAUCCUUCGGGAUGUUGAAGUCAUGAUUGACGACCACAUCUCCUACCAAAACGACCCGAACAACCCGUUCCCGUCCAAACUCAAGCUCCUAGUCCCAACCAUCGGGCCCUUCUUCACGCGCCUACCACUCGAGGCAGCCUUCAAGUUCCAGGACCGCAAGCGGUACAUCUCGUCUCGGCGCUUCGUCUCGCCGUCCUUCAACGACGUCCGCCUGAUCCUCAACUCGGCACAGAUGAUGGCCGUCACGACGUACGGCACGCUGCAGUUGGCAACCUUUGACGGUGAUGUGACGCUGUAUGAUGAUGGGGAAAGCCUCGAGCCGUCGAGUCCGAUUAUUCCGCGUUUACUAGACCUCCUCCGCAAAAACGUCAAAAUCGGCAUCGUCACCGCAGCCGGGUACACCACCGCCGACAAAUACCACGCCCGUCUGCACGGCCUCCUCGACACCCUCGCCGCCACGCCCGACCUCACCCCCACCCAAAAACAAUCCCUCCUCAUCAUGGGCGGCGAAGCCAACUACCUCUUCGCCUUCUCCCCCACCUCCCCGCACCUCCUAACCCCCAUCCCCCGCCACCGCUGGCUCACCCCCGAAAUGGCCGCCUGGGACACCCACGGCGAAAUCCCCCAGCUCCUCGACGUCGCCGAGGCGGCCCUGCGGGAGUGUAUCAAGACUUUGAACCUACCAGCUACGCUGAUGCGCAAGGAUCGAGCGGUGGGGAUUAUACCGGACCCUCCUGGCGCAAGGAUUCCGAGGGAGAGUUUGGAGGAGACGGUGUUGGUGGUGCAGAAGGUGUUGGAGUUGAGUGCGGCCGGGAGGGGGGGGAGAGUGCCGUUUUGUGCGUUUAACGGAGGGAGGGAUGUGUUUGUGGAUAUUGGGGAUAAGAGUUGGGGGGUGGCGGUUUGUCAGAGAUGGUUUGGCGGGGGAGGAGGGGGCGGGUUUAACGGGGAGGGACCGAUUAGGGGGGGGAAUACGUUGCAUGUGGGGGAUCAGUUUUUGAGUGCGGGGGCGAAUGAUUUUAGGGCGAGGAGUGUGGGGACGACGGCGUGGAUUGCGAGUCCGGGGGAGACGGUGGAUUUGCUGGAUGAGUUGGCCGAGUUGAUGGGGAAGAAGAUGUCUUGA